CUCUCGUCAUUCGCUAUCGGCGCCGACUUCUACUCUCCACCGACUCGCCGCGCGUGCGAAACAGAUCUCUCCUCCCUACGCCCAUGGCGGCGGCCCCCGCCCCCCUCCCCGUCCCCACCCCCACCCCCUCCCCCGAGGGCGCCGGCGCCGACGACGGCGAGGACGCGGCGUUCCGCGUGGGGCAGAGGGUGCACGCGGCGGGGAACCCUCGGCGCGCGGGCACGGUGCGCUACGUGGUCGGCGUCGACUGGGACGACGGCGAGGGCAAGCACGACGGCUCCCUCGCCGGCGCCCGCUACUUCGCCGCGCGGGGCCACCGCUCCGCCUCCUUCGUCCGCCCCAAGGCCCUCAGCCCCGGGAUCUCCCUCAUCGACGCUCUCCUCUUGCGCUACAGCGGAGACUACACCAAAGAGGAAGAGGAGGAAAUGUACGUUCUUUCGACGAGUAAGAAGCGCGUCUCGGUGGAGUUUGUGGGGAAGAAUAAGGUUCAGGAGAAGUUGAAGCAUUUUGAUGAGUUGCUCACUGCUUCGGUCUCGUAUAUGGGAGUUAGCUCAAUUGGACCUCCACAUGAGAUCAGUGCUUUAGUUCCGAGCCUUAAAGAUCUGGAUUUGACAGGAAACUUGAUUUCGAAAUGGCAAGAGAUUGCUUCACUUUGUGAAGCUUUACCAUCUCUUGAAGUUCUAAAUUUGACGAACAACAUGAUUGAGUCUGAUGUAGUGGAGCUUCCGUUACUUAAAAGUAUCCGCAUUUUGGUUCUCAAUAGCUGCGGUAUUACAUGGGAAUCGGUUGAAACACUUGAGAAGUCACUUCCUGCAGUUGAAGAACUCCAUUUGAUGUCCAAUAAGUUGAGGACAAUUGUGCCAGCACUUACCGUACCAGUGACAAGUCCAGUUCAAAGAUUUGGAUCGUUGCGGCUCCUAAAUUUAGAAGACAAUCAUUUUGAUGAAUGGGAUGAAAUUCUGAAGCUUUCUCACUUGAGAAGCCUGGAACAGCUUUAUCUGAACAAGAACAACCUGAAGCAUAUAUUUUAUCCAUCUAAGCAUCCGACGACAGGAUUAGACGAUAAUAAUGUGAAUGAGACAUCUCCAGUGCCUUUUGAGAAUUUGCAGUGCCUUCUUCUAGGAUGUAAUAAGAUAGAAGACUUGGCAUCUGUAGAUUCACUGAACUUCUUCCCUCGCUUAACGGAUAUCAGGCUUUCUGAGAAUCCUAUUGUUGAUCCAGCUAUAGGCGGUUUACCAAGGUUUGUUUUGAUUGCACGCCUGGCUAAAGUUACAACACUGAAUGGGAGUGAGGUAAGCCCACGUGAACGAAAGGAGUCUGAAAUCAGGUAUGUUCGCCUUGUGAUGGCGAAGAUGCAAUCGGUUGAUUCAGAAGAGAUCAAGCAACUGCACCCUAGAUUUGAAGAGCUGAAGGCACUGCAUGGUAUUGAAGACGAGAAUCCACGGUCCGGGACAUCAGGCCCUCAGAAAAUGGCUUCUGGACUUAUUAGUGUAACUUUGAAAUGUGUGGGAGCUUCCAUGGGGGAGAAGCAGCCAUUGACGAAGAAGCUACCUCCGGCAACUACUGUUGGCAAGUUAAAAGUUCUGUGUGAGAGCUUCUUCAAGUUGAAAGACAUAAAGCUGAGAUUGUUUCUUGAGGAAGAGGGAUCUCCCUUACCUUUGUUGCUUGAUGAGGACAUGGCUCCGUUGAUGGACCUCGGUAUCGGUUCAGGGGCAACCAUUCUUGUGGACGAAGAAAAUUAGCUUCCAUUAUGCGGAGUUUAUUGAGAAAAAUUCAAAUUUCUUAAAAGCACAAUAUUAGGCAUGUUAAUGCUCUGAAUGCAAUGGUUUCAGUUUUGUCCUUAGAGUGCUGUUGAUGUUGUUCUUUCGGGGAGGGCCUAACCCUGUUUAUGUAAAACUUUUAUCGACGUGUGGUUUGUAAUUUGAUUCGUACUGAAUCUCUCUCAUAAAAUAUUAUAUGGUAUUGGAAUUUAGGUACUUGUCCAAGGAAAU